GGCUGGAGUGGCCCCGGACUCUCUCGGCUCGGUAGGCUCAGGUAGCUUUGGCGGCGACCGGGCUGCAGCUGCAAAGGCCGGGCUGGCUGGGCGAGCGCGGGCCGCGGAGCAGGCCUCAGGACUUUGUUUUUGGAAACAGAUCUGUACUCCAAGAGGGAGAGAGAACUGAUACCAAAAGCCAGCCUUCCCUUUGUCCACGGAAGCUAUCACUUCUUCCUGACUGGUUAGUGAAUUUAUCUCCCACUCCCCCUACCUGCUUAGUGAUUAAAAAGCUUCCUGCUGUCUGCACACCUACCCCUCCUCAAAGAGGGAGCCUCCAACUUCUUUUCUCUUGCUCUCCCAAGAAAAAUAAGACCUUCUACCUUUAAGAGGAGGACUCUUUCCUGCAGUAUAUUUAGAGGGGCACAGAUGGUUUCCUUCUCUUCCUUUGAUAAAUGAAAUUUUUUUAUGUAGAAAGUCUUUGUCAGAAAUCAGGAACAUUUUCGCUCUUUUCACUCCCCAUGAGACAGAGGGAUCCUGUUUCUGCAUGCUAAUAAAGGAAGGAAAAAGGAAACAGUGCUUGAUGCUUUUAAGAUUUCCUGCACACUCCAUGUUGUAGAGCUGGGCCCUGUUUAGUAUAUAGACUUCCCUACCCCACUUUCUGUUUGUCUAGAGAUCUCGUUAAAAGCUUCUUCUUUCUCUGUCCGACAAGAAGAGGCCCUUUCUCCGAAUGCCCUCAUGGAGGCAUUGGCUACAGUGUCCGAAUCUUGGAAAAGAAAGCCCCUUUCUCAAGGUGAAAGGAGUGUUGUGAACUUCUGAGGGACUGAUCGAUAUUGGUGAACCGUUUGAUGUAAAAGACUUGACUCCAUAAUCUUCCACUCGCCCUAAUGCUGUCAUCCGGAGUAGAGACUCAGCCAGUUCCACUUGAUUCCUCCAUGUCUGCCGUGGUACAGGAAUUAUACUCUGAACUCCCAGUGAGUGUCUCCAAAGAGCUUCAUGCUGACCCUGAGCCAAGUGUGAUUCCAGAUGUAAAACCCGGAGCCUCAAGCUCUCUUAUAAGUCAGAGUAGGGCAGUGCCCUUGGAGCUGCAGAGGACUUGUAUGGAAAGUUGUUAUGAAGAAACUUCUGGCACCUUGGAUUAUGGGGGUGAGCUUGGGCGGUGUGGGCUGGUGGACACCACAGCAGGAGGUUCUGUGGCUUCUGGGAUCUUGAAUAGGGAAGAGAAAACCAAGAGCAUGGAGUUAAAGGUCUUCAGAGAUCAAGGGGACCAGGCGGAAACUGUAAGAGACCCCUGUGAGGGAGCAAAGGAAGACCCACAUCAACAUUCCACAGCUGCUGAAGAAAAGAUCAGCCCAAGUCAGGAAGACCUCCUGAUGCAGUCAAGCAAAGAACAUUUAUGCACGGGGAUCCCUGAAGACUUUCUGAAGAGCAAAGAAGGGAAUGUACAAAUUACAACUGGAACUCUGCUUAUGUCUACUGAAGAAGUACAAGGUAUGAAGGUCAGUGAGACUAAGACGGAUUAUAAUGAAGGACACAAGAAUGGCAAUGUGAGUAAAGGUCUCUCAGCUGGGUGCAGCGAAUACCCAGAAGUAGACAAACUCAUGACCAGUGGUGAGGUUUCAGAAACCAACACAUUAGUCUCCCAAGAGCCUUUAACCUUGGUGGAUCCUGGAUUAACAGAAGCAUCUUCUAAAGAAAAAGAAUGUGAAGAACUAAAAACUUGUCCUUCUUGGUUGUCAUUAUUACCAGGGAACAGUGCCAUUUCCAAAGUGGACAAUGAAAAGGAAGAGUUGUCUAAGUUAAACCUUGUCUGUGAAGCAGAUGACAAUCACCAACAAAUUCUUGGCCACCAUAAUGAAAACCACAGUAUAGCCCAUGGCAGUCCCAGGGGCACAAGAAAUGCAGUUUUUGUAGAACCCUUGGAAAAAAGUUCUGACAUUUCAUAUUUCUCAUCAAGUUUGUCUGGUCCAGAAUCAAGAGCAACAUCCUUAGAAGUACGUGGUUUUGAGGGUGCUGGCUUGCUGAAGGGAUCUGCUAAGAAGACAGACAAUUCCUGUUUUGAUGGUGGUGAUCAAAGCAAGAAUUUGGCUACUAGAAGAGAAAAUGAACAGUUUUUGAACCUCCAGAGUGAAAGAGGGGAACUCUUUCUUGUUAAUGCCAGGCAACCAGAAGAGGAUGCUAAUGGUCAUUAUUCUGGUGAGAAAGAGACUGUUGCCUCCCUAAAAGUGAAUAUUCAUGGUAACUGUUGCAUUCAAGGCAGUAUCCAUACAGACAGCCCUGAUUCUUUAGUGCCCAGUUCUUUCACCGAAGCCACAGAAGUAAUGUUAAAAAAAAAUGAUUUGAAAAUCACUUUAGACACUCAAGGUGGCUUGACAAACCAUGAGGACCAUAGAGAAACUUCUACUGAUAUGAGCCAUCCAGGCAGACACUCUGAAGAGAGCAGUUUUUCCUCCUCAAUGCAGAUUGAAGAGCCAGAACAGACAACCACUAUAGAGCCCAAUAUGGUAACUGAAAAGAUUUACAGUAAAGACUCUAACUCCUUAAUCUGCACCCAGAAAAAUCUGGAAGACAACACCCAGUUAAAUGAAGCAUCAUAUAAUGAAUUUCUGAAUGAAAGAAAAUCCCUUGUGAGUUUAACGCCAGAGGACCAGAUAAGUCCUAUGGAUGAGGUAUCAAAGCCCAAGAAAGAUAUUGCUCAGCUCCCACUAUCCCUAGAAUUUGAUUACAGACCUGAGUCAGAGCAAAUUGUGCAGACCCCCCUGGAUGAUAGUUCACAUUUAGAUGAGCAGAAUACUGCCUGUGAGAUGAAUGAACUUCCUCGUACCAAUGAACUGGUUAUAAACAAAAUAGAAAGUGAAUGUGCUUUAAAUCAAGUGCCCAUUAAUUCUCAAGACCACGCGAAGUUGCCAGCUAACAAAGAGAUGCCUUUAGCAACAAGCGAGGAUUCCCAACAGAGCCAUCACCCUCCAUUAGAGGAUGGAGCAGACAUCAUUGCUGAUUCCCAGACCAUUCCCAUCAAAAUAAAAAUGAAAGACCUCUCUCCAUCAGGUGACAAAACCUGUGGUGCCUCUUUAAACAAUCCCACCUUAAACAUCAAACCAGGAAGCCUAGAAAGAAAAGACAAAAUGGCUGAUUCAGGAAUUAUAGAUCUACAUUCCAGCCUUUUCUCAAGUAAGAAAGAAGCAGCAGCCUUGCCUCAAGAGGUCUCUGCUAUGGAAUGUCAAAGUGUUCAAUCUCAGGAUCUCUCUAGCUGUCAUUGUGUAAAUAAAAAUGCACCAGAAAAGAGCAUUUGUUCUACUUGUGCUGCAUUUGAGUCCAGCAGAAUCAUCCCAGAAGUUGAAAACUCUUUAAUAACCAAAUAUGAAGAUGCAUUUCAGCACAGCAGUGACCACUCCCAAAGAAGAGAAGACUCCAUGGAAAGUAGCACCCACACAUCGGAAGAAAGUGAACUUGCUGGGGGAGAAACUAAAGGCAGCCUUCCAGGAAAUAAGAUCAGAAACGAUUUGUCAGAAGACAUGUUAAAUAGUGAAGCUUCAGACAAAAACAUUCCCACCACCAAUCACACCCAACCCCAUGUGGAAGGUCUGAAAAGAAAGGAACGGGAUGUACCUGAAGAGACUGUGUUUUGCGAGUAUAACAUCUCUGACUGUUCCACACCACAACUAAACUUAUCUGCAAACAUUCCAAGCCCUGAACAAUCUUUGGACCAGUCUCCUCCUGUUACAUUCUCCAGUUUCAAAAAUAUGAGCCAAGCGGUUGAAACUCUUGAUCAAAAAGGAGAUAAAGUUCUUGACUCCCAGAGUAACCAAAACAGAAGUGAAGAUAAACCAGUUAAGGAGACACUACAUGGUGACGAGAGAGAGACUGUCACAGAACCUAACACAGAGGUAAGCCACAAUCAAAAAGAUCUGUUAGUUGGUUCAGGCAGUAACAACCCAUUGUCUAAUGGUAGUUCAAAGAAAGGCGAUUUGAAAGGAGACUUUGGACAUAUUUCUGGUUGUGAGGAGUCCAGAGAUGGUAUUGUAGACAUUGUCUACACAGACUGUAGUAAUAAGUCUACAGAAAGCAUGUUGGACUUAAGAGCAUCUAGUACUCCUGAUGGUGGUGCAGGACAAGAUAGACUGACAUUACAGGAUACCUCAGUGAGUACUCUGCCUCAGAGAGGAGAACUGAAUGCUGCAUUUAUUGGAAUGAUUGACCAGGACUCAGAUUUUCCAGGUGCUACUUCCUCUAUACUGGAGCCUCUGGAAAUUAAAAAAUCAUGUGAAGAGAAAAUAUGCAGAUCAUUAAAAGAUUGUGAAGUGGAAGUGUAUCCAGACUCUUGUGCCAGUAAGAUAGCAUCUAUUGCAGAUCAUGAGCCAAAUACAAAAACAUUGGAUAGUAUAAAUGUGUCCUUAGAUUAUAUUCAUCAUGAACAGCAAGUUAAAGAAGCAUCCCUGAAAGAAACACAAGAAAUAGUUGAAGGAUCAAGACUGGAAAUAAAUUCUGAGUUUGACAAGGAAAAUACCUUCAGAAUUUCCUCAGAAGAGUUACUGUCUUCUAGAUGCCCAGAUGAGAACCCUGUUCCUCUAGGGAGCCUGAGAUCCAUUGAGACAAUGCCUUUGGAUCUGUUUUCUCAAGAAAACUCAGGAAGUAAUGUUAAUAGUGGAGAAACUGAGCUGAAAAAUCUUUUUAAACCAAAAGAUGAUAAAAUCCUUUGUGAAAAUGUAGAGCACUGCACAGUCCUGCUUGAGGCGAAGGAAGAAGCACCAGGGGAUGGGAGUAAUUCUAGUGGACUCAGAAUAAUAGACAGCAGUAUGCAAAAUUUGCCUUUGACAAUGGAAACAGAAACUAAGUUGAAAGGAGAAGAAACUAAAGAACAUCAGAGGGGACUUCUGAGUUACUUAACUGUCAGGGAAGUGUCUGGGGAAAGUACCAGAGAAGCUGGUCACAAUAAUAAAGGGGGAGAGACUUCUCAGACCCACUCUAAAUCCCAGAGCAUGCUUAGUGAUACUGAAGAGCAACUAAGCCAGAGGGCUUUGGACUACAUGUUGCAAAAUGAAGAGGAAUAUGUACAUCAAAAAGAAGCACACACAGUAUUGGAACAAUGUGUAUCAUCGAAUAUGUUGUCAUAUGAAAUGCAAGACAAGAACCAAGAUAAGGAUUGCAAAGGUGAGUCCACCAUGAUGAAGGAAAUCACCCUAGCAAAGCUGGACAAGGACGGCACUGCUGCACAGUUUCAGAAGCUGGAAAAUCCGGAGGAAAGCUUGUGCCAUCUAUUAAAAACAGACAUGGUGUCAUGCACAGAUCCUUGCCUUUGUGGUGCCCCUCAGAAAGCACAAGACCCCAACUCUGCUGGAUGUGAUGAAAUACAUGGUGCCUUUGGGAACACUUCAUAUCAGAAAAGAGUGCUUCCCUUAAAGAAGCAGCCCCAUCGAACAUGUAAGAAAAUUUCCUAUCAGGAGCAAGUCAACAUUGGGAAAAAAAUAAGUAAAAUCAGAAGUUCUGCCUUUUUAAAGAGUUCCUCUGAAACCAUCCCCACAAAAGCACACAGAUUUCUUAGUUCAUGUGCUGUGUCUGCACCUGCACAAUUGGAACCUGAAACAGUACCAACCAGGAGCUUAAUGAGCCACAUACCAAAGCAGAAGGUUAUUCCGUGCCAUCCCUUGAGGAGCCUGAAUGUUAGGAAGCCUACCAAAGAAUCAGCCUUACUCAACAAGCUGUCCAUUCUUGCCUCCAGACUGGUCCCAGCCACAAAGACCCAGAAACUAAGAUAUCGGCGAUGUUCCUCUGAACUUCUUCCAGUGGCUAAAAGCUACAAGCGACUCAGAUACAAAAGGUUUCUGGAUGGAUUUUCAUACAGUACAACACAGCUGAAUCCAUAUUUGGCAGCCGGUGGAUGGGAUAAGAGGCCUAACAGUAAGCCCUUGACACUUUAUUCACUAGAAGCCAUCAAAAUGAGCUUCAUAGAUUUGAGCAACAAGGUGCCGUCACUGCUAUUUGGUUCCGAAAAUUUCCCAAUAUCUUUUCACAUGAAAUCAGGCUCUGAGUGCAUGACUGAGUCCCCAAGGACUUUUCCUGAGCACUGUGCUCCAGCCAGGCUCACCUUAGGAGAGGCCCCCAGGUGCCUGUCUCAACCUCCCAAAUGGACCUUUUCUUUCUUCUUAUCCCACAGUUGCCCUGGGAUGGCCACAUUCAGGGAAGACACUGGCCCCCAUGGUCAGACAUAUGCCCAGGCUCCUUCACAGCCUCCAGGUCCUCUCCAAGACUAUGGAGGCACCGCCAUAGUCCAGACCAGAGCAGGCUGCUCUGUCCUUGGCCUUCACACGCUUCUAGCACUUUGUUCUCCUGGAUGUUACCGAAUCUGGACAAAAAAACGGAGCUUCUCCAGUCAUAUGCCUACAAUGCAGAGGCUCUUCAUGACCCAGUUUACACAGGGCUUAAAAGGGUUAAGAUCUCCAGCCUCCAUAGCAGACAAGGUCUUCUGUUCUCUGCCCUACUCGGUGGGCCGAGUGCUAUCCAUUUGGAGCCAGCAUGGGCCUUCUACCUGCCCCUUUGAAGUCUCUACUCUUCAUUCCACUCACAGCAAGCGGCAGCCAACUCUGAGCACCACAAACAGCCACACCAUGUUACCAUAUGUGCCUCUUCUAGGCAUGGAGGCCACUUAUAACACCAAUGGCAGUCAGAUGAGGGCUAGACUAGAGCCUCCAUUCCCUGCCUUGGUACCAAAGUCUUGCUUAGUAACAGACUCAGCUGUCAGCAAACUCCUGCUUUCAGCCUCCGAGUUCCCGGUUCCUGGAUUUGAUGAGCUAGAUGAUGUGGCAGCAGCAUGCCCCCAUCCACAGAGCAGCCCUCCGGAACAGAAGGAGGCUGAGCCAGAGAAGAGACCAAAGAAAGUCUCACAAAUUCGUAUCCGGAAAACCAUUCCUAAACCAGACCCUAAUCUUACCCCCAUGGGCCUUCCUCGACCCAAAAGGUUAAAGAAAAAGGAGUUUAGUUUAGAAGAAAUAUAUACCAACAAGAAUUAUAAGUCUCCUCCUGCAAACAGGUGUUUGGAGACCAUCUUUGAGGAACCUAAGGAACGAAAUGGUACACUAAUCUCAAUCAGCCAACAGAAGAGAAAACGAGUUCUAGAAUUUCAGGAUUUUACAGUCCCACGAAAGAGGAGAGCUCGUGGUAAGGUCAAGGUGGCAGGCAGCUUUACCAGGGCCCAGAAGGCAGCUCUGCAAAGUCGAGAGCUGGAUGCUCUGUUGAUACAGAAACUAAUGGAAUUGGAGACCUUUUUUGCCAAGGAAGAGGAGGAGCAGGAGCGAUCAUCUGGUUGUUGAGAAGCAAUUUGGUUUAGGGGUCUCAAUUUUAGAUUUUCCAGGCUCCUUGGAAGAGGUUGCCUAAUUUUGCCCUACCGCCCAAACGACCCAAAAUGCAGUCCAUGGAUUUUACCUAUUUUAAGGUGCAACCUUUUUAGGAAUUGGUGAAGAAAGGUCCUCUACUUCUACUGCUGAGUACUGAACCUCAGGAAUGCUCUCCUUCUCCUGGAAAUGAUCCUGAAAACCAUCUGGCCUCCUCCUCCCACUCGCCAUCCAUAGGAGGAGGACUCAGCAUACCUUCAGUAACACUAGGAUUCCAAGGACUCAUAGCAUUUGCACGUCCGUGUGAAAGUUCUGCGUUGUUUACGGUGGUGCUAGACCAAGAUUAUGUAGAGACGUGGCCUAGGGAGGAGAACCUGGUGUCCUGUCCUUUGUGGUCUCACCAGCUAAUUUCAGUAGUUGAGGAAAGAUGAGCUGUUGUGUUUCCUAAUCCUUUGAGUCUGUCUGCCCAGAAUUGUGUGUGCGUGCGUGCGUGUGUGUGUGUGGUAGUGUGUGGGCGUGGGCGUGUGUGGCUUUUCCCCAUCAUUUUCUCCCCUCUGUGACUGUGGGUCACUAGUGCCAGAGGAGCCCGUCCAGGCCCCAUUCAAAGUAAGUUGCACUUUUAAUGUUGUGGUGUUACUUUCAUUUGUUUUUAUUUCUUUUCUUUUUUUUUUUUUUUUUUUGUAUUAUUGCUGCAUGUUUGGAGCCUUUAAAUGUGAUUUUAAAAACAAAAUUUUAAGACAUCAAGGAGAAAGACAACGUUUUCAGACUAUAUGACAGGCAUUUGACUCAGUAUAUCAAUGCAUGGUAUGGGACAAUGGAGAGAUAUUUUCCCGUUAUGUGUUUGAAGCAGCCCCUUCCCCAUCUCCACCUUCCAGAGUAACUCAUUAGAGGGAGUACUUUUUCAUCUGCAUUCUCAUUCUUACCCACUAAGUAGAUCUGUUUAUUUUAAUGAUGGAAGUAAGAGCAAGUUUUCCUCCCACUCAUUGAAAAAAAUGUGAAGGUUGGGUUUGGUUUUAGUGGGUUUUAUCUAAAGUGGUAGUCUGUAACAAAGUUGUGUACGACAGCUCAGGUGGUGAUAAAGGCCGUUUCAGAGAGUUUGCAGCUGUCAGAGCAACUUGUCCAAGAGUGGGGAGUGAGAUGGCAUGUGGUUCGACCCAAUGAUGCAUCCUUGCAGGGGAUUACGAAAUUCCACGGCCAGCCCUCUGAGGACACCAUCGUAUUCUAGCCUCCUUUGUCAAACCUACUGGAAAUUUUUUAGAGUGCCAGAGUUGGCAAGGUUCCUUCAUCUGUGCCUCCUUGAGUCUCUGGGCAGAAGGAUGCUGGGUGGGUCGGCCAGGCCCAGAGGUGUCGUUCUUUUUCUACUUAACUCCUAUGUGCCCUUGCCCUGCUCUACUACCCACCCCACCACCACCACCUUCCCUGUGUUUUAUCUUUCUUUCCCUCUUGCUCUCAUUACAAAAAAUCAGAGAAUUAACAUUCCUUGGCUGGUGAGUGGGAUGCAACAACCAGCCUCAGGACACUGGUCACCUCUUCCCAUUUUCCUAGAAGCCACUGCUAGGAAGCAGCCACCCAAGGAGACUGUCAGAGCUCCAGAGAUAUUGUCAGGUCAGUCUGUUAGAGACGAGUGAGUGGUGCUGUCCUGGUGUGUCUCCUAGGGUUCCUUUGUCUCCCCAAUUGUGACUGGGUGGGGAGAUGGGGUGGGGUCAGGGGGUCUCUAUGUGCCUUUCCUUUGCAGGUUGACAGUCUAUGCCACACUGAAGCUGAAGAACUGACAUGAGCAAGGAAAAAAAAAAGUGCCACAUCUGUCUUCUAUGCCCAUUGGCUCAGACAUAGCAUUUAGUAAGUGAAAUACACACUGGUAACCCAUAGAGGCUUCUAAGGCCAUGACCAAAUAGCAUUGAAGAGAGCCACGUUUCCAUACUGGCUUGGAAUGUGAAACAGAUUCCACCGUUCUACAUCUGCUUUGCCUAGACUGUAUAGACACGACCUGUGUUUCACCUCAGUACCUCUCCCUUCCUAGGACAGAGUCCUUAGACACUAAAUGCUUCUCUCUGUCUUUUCGCCUAAGGGAAUGGGGGUUAGUAUUGCAUUGCACCCUCUGACAAACAUUUUUAGGGAGUGCUGCCGGACAGCUUGCAAACUCCCAACAACUCAGCAGAGUCCUGUUUGCCAGCUCCGUUGCUGGUGUAGACUAGUCAGCAGUGCGGCAGCCCAUUUCAUCUGGCAGACUGAAGUUGAACAGGCACAGCUGUGGCAUCACGGUCAUUACCGAGAUACAAAUGUCAAGUUUGCCCUUAUACAUAGGCAUGGUAUUUGUAAGAGCCAGGAGCAGUGAUUCGGAACAUUAGAGCCAUGGAGGAAGUGGAGGCCUGGGCUCCCUCCUUGUCCUGGCAGUGUGGAAGAGAAGCAGCUCUGAGGCAGCCUUGUCUAUCCUUGAAAUUCUUGGCCUGUCCUCUGGCUCAGGGCCUUUCCCUGCUCCAAAGAUAAGAAGGGUCCCCCAUUGCAAACUUGAAAUUACUUACCUGAAGUUGAUACAUCAAGUUCUAGCCGUGCUCAGCCACACCUGUCUUUGCAUUCAUUUUCACCAUUAGCCUGGCCAGCUGCAAGGCUAUCUGUGGUCCUCAGAGCCUGUGGAACCUGCCCACGAUGGGAGGCGUUAGCUGCUGACGCACCACUUACCCAGAGUUACAGGAGGUCUACUUCUGGGGUGGGGUUUGGUACAAUUUCUGAUUAUGGGCACUUCCCACCCCAAAUGAUGAGAAGUUACAGUUAACUAUGAUUUACUCAGCUAUAAGUCAACUCCAGAGGUUUAGUGUUCUUAAUAUGGGAAAGAGGAGAAAUCUCAGGUCCAAUCAGGGUUCUGCCUAUCAGCUUUUCACUGAAACUUCAACUAUAGUUUUGUGGGGGUUUUUUUUUCAUCUUUAUAGGUAUAUUUGCCCCUCAUCUACUUCCUGUCCCCUUUCUUCUCUUCUCUUUUGGUCACCUUUCCAGCUUUAUUUUCUUCAUUAGUUUAAAUGUACCUCAUCACACCUGUUAAAACAGAUUAUGUCCACUUUUCCUUACUGACCUUACUCUAAGAGCUACAGCAGAGGGAGGUACAGUGGAAAGACAUGUAGUGUUUGCCUUACUUGGAGCCUGAAGAGCUUAGAAACUCAUGCUGUGAAUCCCAAAACUCAGUGCUCCUUUAAGAGCUGUGAAAAUCAUGACAUUUUGUCACAGUUUUGCCUGAAAGGGUCUUUUGCCUGGGUGCCAGAGCCAAACUGAGGUGAAUUCCAGAUCCUAACAUCUGGGUGCGAUCCCUCCCCCCAGGGCUCACUCCCUGUCUACUAGACCAAGAGCAGCAUGAAGUGUGCAGGACAGGGGAGGCAGCGAGCGCCAAGGCUCUGGUGCAGCCCAAGGGAAAGCAUAGCCAGCACUUGGUCCCCAGGCUGGGAUUCCAUCUCCUAACACCACGUACAUUAAGAUCCGCGAAAGACCAACUUUUAGUCAGUGAUGCUUUUUCUCCCAUUACCUGAGGGAGAAGUAUGCAGUUGGUGCUUUCUUUUAAUUCCCUGUUUUGUUUUUGUUUUGUUACUGGAAGCUUUUCCCCAGGUAUCAUGGAAAGGACCUCUUAAAUACCACAUUUGGUGUGGGCGGCUGUAUCCAAAGUCUAAAUAAUUGGCCAGAGGUAUGGAGUAGCCUUUCCUGGAUUGAUGCAAAGGAAGGGCUCCUUAUCACAACUGCACUUCUUGAUAUUAAAAACUGGCUGCGGAGGAAGACUUAAUUUUACAAAAAUCAAAGUUUGAGAUCAUCUAACCACAAAUUGAGCAGCUAACGCUAAUUUGAUUAUAAAGUAAGGGUCCCCAUAUAGCCCGCCAUCUAGCACAGCAUAUUCUCAGAUUUGACGCUUAUUCAUUGUGUGUCUUCACAAGCCCCUCCUUGGUGCUGAGUUGGAUUUGAAUUCUUGGCAAGAGUCCUCAGCAUCUCCUUGGGCUGGUCUGGGCCAGUAAAUAGCUGCCUGAAGUGUUUAUAUAUUAUCAUGGUCAAUAGUUCAGUGAAAUUUGUACAUUUUUGGUAACAUUGGUAUACAUGAUGCCCCUGCAGUUCCUUUUCUGUUUGGUAGUUUGUGACUCUAAAUUCCCACUGUUAUGUGUGUUAAUUUAUGAAAAUAAAUUUUUUUGGAAAAUCUUUCAAAUAACUCUUAA